UGGAAAAAAGCGGUCGAGCCUGAUAGUCUGGUCGUCACUCUGGCGCUUGUAACAACAGCGAGAAACAACCCGCGGUCAACAACACCCAAGGACGGUUCUGAGGUUGUAUUGGACUGAUUUUUUUUUACCAAAAAUAAUCCUCCAAAAUGAGCAAAAUCAGCAAGUUUUUCAAGGGGAGCUCGUCGAGCUCGUCCUCUCCGAGGUCCAAGCACCGGUCCAAAGGAGGACCAACGGCCCAGGAAGCCAUUCACAAACUUCGGGAAACAGAGGACAUGUUGAACAAGAAGAUGGACUUUCUGGAGAAAAAGAUCGAGCAGGAGUUAAUGACCGCGAAGAAGCACGGAACCAAAAACAAACGAGCUGCGCUUCAGGCCUUGAAGAGGAAGAAGCGUCUGGAGCAGCAGCUGGCUCAAAUCGAUGGCACGCUUUCCACCAUCGAGUUCCAGAGAGAAGCCCUGGAGAACUCUCACUCCAACACUGAGGUGCUGAAGAACAUGGGCUACGCCGCCCAGGCCAUGAAGAAGGUUCAUGAAAAACUCGAUGUCGACAAGAUCGAUGACCUGAUGCUGGACAUCAAUGAGCAGCGAGAUAUGGCUGAGGAGAUCAGUCAGGCCAUCUCCGGGGGCUUCGGCGAGACAUAUGAUGAGGAUGAGCUCAUGGCAGAACUUGAGGAGUUGGAACAGGAGGACCUGGAGGACAGCAUGAAGAGUAUGGGUGGCCUUCCCUCCGUCCCCAACAACAAACUGCCCUCUGCAAAAUCCGGUCAUCGCUCCACAACCAAGAAAAGGGCAGAAGAGGAAGAGGACAUGAGCAUGUUGGCAUCGUGGGCGACAUAAGCUGUCACCAACUGGUCUUUGACAGAGAAAUAUCUAUUUUUAUUAUUGAGGGAAAUGAAGAGAAUUAAAGUCAUUUAUCUGAGCUCCAGAAACUUAACUCAAGUUAGAAUAUUUAACUGAAGGAAAUGGUGAUUAAUGGUGUCGCUUUGCUUUUCAAGAUUGAAAACUUUUUCUCGCGUCAAUUGUUGUUUACAGUUCAGCUGAACCCAACUGCUGCGCGCAAUGUUUUUUGUAAAUAA